AUGCGUAGAUACAGACACGCGGCCGAGAAUAGCACUGUCUGGAUCUGGCGCGAACCUGCAGGAGUCGGGACCGGAUCGUACGUUCAUGAGGAAGACAUUAUUCACACAACCAGUAGCAGCUCUGCCCGGGAUCGGACAAAGAUGGGUUCGAGCCCCGGCAACACGGGCCAUGUUUGGGACGCCCGCGAAUCCUCGGACAGCCUGAAGCCGUUCACAUUGGUCUAUUCACCCUCAAGCCGCUAA